AUGGCUACCAACGGUACCACAAAUGGCACCACCAACGGCGCGUCGGCCCGCUUCGACCCUACCUUCACCAAGCGUGUCAUUGAGACCAUGGGCCCCAACAUGACUCCCCGCAACCGCCAGGUCAUGAGCGCUCUGUUAACUCACCUGCACGACUUUGCCCGCGAGGUCGAGCUUACCGUGGACGAGUGGAUGACGGGCGUGCACUUUAUCAACGCCGUGGGCCAGAUCUCAACCAAGACCCGAAACGAGGCCCAUCGAGUGUCUGAUGUGCUUGGCUUGGAGUCCCUCGUUGAUGAAAUCGCCAACAAGAUCGUCGCCGAGGGCGACAUUGAUCCCACCUCAUCAUCCAUCCUGGGGCCCUUCUGGUCGCCCAACGCCCCCUUCCGCGAGAACGGCGGCUCCAUCAUCCAGGACCCCAACCCCUCCGGCCGCGUCGCCCUGAUGCACGGCACCAUCACAGACCUGCUCACCGGCAAGCCCAUCCCCAACGCCGUCUUCGACAUCUGGCAGGCCAGCGCCAACGGCAAAUACGACUUCCAGGACCCCGAGAACCAGAGCCCCAACAACCUGCGCGGCAAGUUCAAGGCCGACGAGAACGGCAAAUACUGGUUCUACUGCUACCACCCUACUGCCUACUCUCUGCCUACCGAUGGUCCUUCCUAUAAGCUGCUGACGCUGAUGGAUCGCCACCCCAUGCGCCCUGCCCACAUUCACAUCAUGGUCACUCACCCCGAAUACAAGGGAUGCACAACUCAGCUCUACCCCAAGGACGACCCCUGGUUGGCCACUGACACCGUCUUCGCUGUCAAGGACGACCUCAUCAUCGACUUCAAGCCCCUCAAGGGCGACGACAAGGCUACUCUAGAUCUGGAAUACAAUGUCGUUUUGGCGCCCAAGGGAUACAAGGGCAAGCAGUUCUAA